AUGGAUGCUCGUAAUUUAUCAACAGUGAUUGCACCGAAUUUAAUGCGUUCAUCAUCAACUAGUAAAGAUCCACGUGAAUUAUUACAAAAUGUUCGACCACAAACAUUAUUCAUUCGAUUGUUAAUUAAUUAUCUAGAUAUUGAAAAUGAAGUGAAAUAUUUAAAAACAGAAGAACAAGAUGAUGAGGAAGAAGAAGAAAAAGGAAAAAAGGAUAUUGAAAUUAAAACAACACAUUGUACUUUUCAUAACAAUGGUGAUGAUGAUGAUGAUGAUGAUGAUAAAGUAGAAGAGAAAGACAAAGUAGCAGAAAGUAGAUGUAUUCAAGUCAAUGAGAAUAAUAAUAAUAGUAGUAUAUCAGGUAAGCUUUCAUCAACAUCUAAUGGUUAUAUGUAUUUAUCAUCACCGAUACGUGUUAAACUUGGCCCUGAUAAUGCUUUUAUACCAAUUUAA